GUUAUUCUGCAAACUUAUAAAUAAACAUAUAAAGCAUGUCGGUAUCAUCUGAAUCCGAUUCAGACACCCACGCGUACUCCGAGCGGACCCUCGCUAUAAUCAAACCUGAGGCUCAUGAAAAUGCGGAAGAUAUCGAGAACCACAUACGUGAUAAUGGUUUCGCCAUUUUAGCUAGGCGCGAAGUUCGCUUGACCCCUGAGCAAGCUGCCGAGCUCUACAAAGGCCACUAUGGUCGUCAUCAUUUUCCACACUUAGUGGCUCACAUGUCCAGUGGACCAAUCAUAGCACUUGUACUAGCGGCUAAGAACUGUAUUCAGAAGUGGCGAACGCUUAUGGGACCCGCUAGAGUAGUGGAAGCCCAGGCGUAUUGGCCAGAUAGCAUCAGAGCGUGCUACGGACGUCGCACAAAGUACGGCGAUUAUUUCAAUGCCGUGCACGGGAGUGCCAAUCACGCGGAAUCGUUGAGAGAAAUACAUUUCUUCUUUCCUUCUAUGAUUGUCGGGCCGAUCCUACGCAGCUGGCAGAUCAGCGACUACAUACAGAAGCACAUAGCGCCGAGCCUCCUGCCCGCACUGAGCGCGCUUGCGGCCGAGCGGCCCGCCGAGCCCGUGCUGUGGCUCGCCGAGCGGCUCCGCGCGCACAACCCCAACGAGCCCGAGCUCGGCCCAAGUGCGCGGGAACUGCGACAGGAGGAACGGUGUAUCACGCCCGUGCCGUCGGAAGAGACGAUUGCUAAAUAAUUUGUGAUAACGUAUUGUUCGAUUUAUACGUGGCUUGUACUUUUCGUUGAUAUAAUAUGUUUGAUAAAUAAAUUUUAGUGGUAACCACUC